AUGGGAGAUCAAUCCGCGGCUGAGACGCCCCUUAUCUCUCUACAGUCAAAGGGUCAUGGCGAUCUUCUCAACAUUAUCGAUAGUCUCAGAUCGCAAGGCAUCAGCAGAUAUAUCGACCUCCCUCAACUAAUUGUCUGUGGAGACCAGUCGUCGGGAAAGAGCUCAGUGCUUGAGGCUGUAUCUGGAAUCCGCUUUCCCACUAAAGACAACCUAUGCACCCGAUUCGCUACAGAGCUUAUACUUCGCCGAGGUCCAGAUAGCAAUGCAAGCGUCACCAUCGUGCCUGGUCCUGAUCGAACCGAUAGCGAGAAGACAAAAUUACUCAAGUUUCAACAUGAGAUCGUUGAACUUGAUCAGUUCGAGCAUCUAGUCAAUGACGCCAAAGAGGUUAUGGGUCUUGAUGGAGACGCAAAGGCUUUCAGUAAUGACAUAUUGCGAGUUGAAGUGUCUGGCCCAAAUCAACCACAUCUGACGUUAGUGGAUCUUCCUGGUCUGUUUCAAGCAGGCAAUAAGGCUCAAUCAGAUAACGAUGCUCAAGUCGUCAAAGAUCUGGUUCUUUCCUAUAUGAAAAAGGCCCGAAGUAUUAUUCUUGCAGUCGUAUCUGCGAAGAACGAUUUCGCUAAUCAGAUCGUUACUAAAUACGCUCGGGAGCUAGAUCCCCAAGGCUUACGUACACUUGGAAUUAUCACCAAACCUGACACUCUUCAUGCUGGUUCCGACAGUGAGAGGUCGUUCGUUGACCUUGCCGAAAAUAAGGACGUGAAUUUCAGAUUGGGUUGGCAUGUAUUGAAGAACCGUGACUAUGACACAAGAGAUUCUUCUGCCGAAGAAAGAGAUCAAGCUGAGAGAGAUUUCUUUUCCAAGGGCAUCUGGACUACUCUUCCGCCUACGCACGUAGGCAUUACUUCACUGAAACCACGACUCAGCUCUCUGCUCAAGGAUCAGAUCCUAAUGGAACUACCGAACCUCAUCCGGGACGUGGAAGGCGGGGUAAAGGAGUGCCAGAGUAUUCUUGAACGACUGGGUGGCGCGCGAGCAACGCUCAAAGACCAGCGUCUGCACCUUCUCCAGAUCAGCCAAUCGUUUUCCUCACUCGCCAAGGCCGCAGUAGGGGGAGUAUAUGUCGACCAAUUCUUUGGCAGCGCAAUGACCAAGGACGGCUACAACAAGCGACUUCGUGCGGUGGCAAAGGCCAUUCUGACAGAGUUCUCUGAUACUAUGCGAACAAAAGGACAUGCAAAGUACAUUUUAGAUGACAACGAGACCCAACCCUUCCAAAGCCCACCACUAUCACCACCUCGCAUCCGGCGUUCUGACUAUAUCCAGGAGGUGUUGGGUUUGAUGAAGCGGAGCAGCGGCUAUGAGCUCCCAGGCACCUACAAUCCACUGAUCAUAGGCGAUCUUUUCUUCGAGCAGGCGUCUCCAUGGGGUUCACAUGUGAACGCGUUCAUGAGCCGGCUCAUCGAGGCAGCCAGAACGACGGUCAAUAUGAUUUUGGACCAUAUUGCAGAUGACGAGACGAUCGGGGGGCUGAUGCGGCAGAUUAUCAACCCUGAAAUGGAUGCGCUAAAAAAAGCCACGGAACAGAAGGCUGCAGAAGUGCUAGCACCGCACCAACGAGGUCAUCCGAAUACUUACAACCACUACUUCAUCGAAAACGUGCAAAAGGCAAAAGAAAGGCACUGGCAAAAGUUCCUCGAAGAGAGGCUUUGCUCGCAUUUUGGGCUUGCGGAUAUCGACGAAACAUAUCACUCCCCAGACACUGGAAUUCAACUGCGGCCUCUGCUAACCUCAAUGACUUCAAGGACAGAGGUUGACAUGGACCGUUUUGCUUGCUCUGAGGCCAUCGACUGUAUGCUAGCCUACUACAAGGUCGCCCAAAAAACCAUCGUGGACGUCUUCAGCGAACUCGCCAUUGAACAGUGUCUGCUACAAAAGCUGCCUGAGAUGUUCACACCUGAAGUGGUAUUUGCUCUAGAGCCGGACGAGAUUGAAAGCAUUGCUGCAGAAAGUGAAGAAAGCAGGGUCGAAAGAAGUCGUGCAACGGAGAAACUCAAAGUCCUGGAGAGCACCUUGAAGGUAUUACACAGCCUCGAUCGGCACAAGAUUACCGUACAAGGAAAAGACGAGGCUGGGCUUUCAAGCGACGAGGACUAA